AUGCAUCUGAAAAUUGAAACUUUAUCUCUCAAUGAUGACAAAAAUGGCACUGUUGGUAGGGACAGCAGUUUGCCUAGUGAACAACAAAUUCGCGAUGACGUUCUUCUGCUCUGGAGAGAGGAGCCAGAGACAGAGGAGCUAAAUAUACAUGAACUAUAUCAGAGAAUCACAACACGAAAUCCUUCGUGGAAACUGUCGCAGGAAGAUCUUGUUGCUGUGCUGGCAUUGUACAAUCUUUAUUCAACGGAUGAUAAAGAACUAAAGGGCUAUGCUGAUCGAAUAGAAUUCUCCUCUGUUGAAAAGAGUACACCAGUAUUAGAAAUUCCGAGGGGAGUCAAACUAAAACUAUGUCCUGAUGGUAGAGGAAGAGGGUUGUUUGCCAAGAAAGCUUUUUUACAGGGAGAUGUUGUAUUCGAAGAUCUGCAACCAUUGGCGGCCAUUCCUCCCAUUGAGAAACUUUCUUUGAUGGGCGCAGGCAAAGUAUGCUCCCUCUGUGGGUCGUCGAUUACACAUAGUCCACAUUUCAUCAUGAUGAAUGGGCUGGAUUGUGAAGUGUGUGGAGCCGUCUGGUGCAGUGCAGCUUGCAAAAAACAGGAUAUCACGCAUUGCUUCCUUAAACACAUAAAAGGAAAAAAGAAACUCAUCAGUCCUUCAGGGUGGGCCAAAUAUGAACAAUACUGUAGAGAAAAUGUUUUCGUGGCGGCAUAUGCAAUUGGUAUCAUAUAUGCGUCUAUAAUUGCAGAAAGAGGCAAUAAGAACAGUAAAGACAUCAUAUGUAAACAGUUUGCGUCUCUAGCCCAAAUUUCUCAGAGAACAAGACGAAAUGUGAGUGAUUCUACAAAUCUCGGGGGGACUUUUGAUGCAUCAAGCGGGGCCGUAACAACGGAAGAUCCAGAACCAGUAUGGCAAAAAGCUUUCAGUCUUUUCCAGGAAUCAUUCCCUCAUUCAGACAUAUCCCUUGAGGCUUUCCUGAUAUUUAUCGGAAAAUAUAACAUCAACCAGGUGAAUGGCCAAAUUUAUACUCUUUACUCAUUAAUAAAUCACGACUGUGAGCCUAAUGUCCGCCUUGAGUUUAAUGGCAAGUUGGGCCUAAAACUUUAUGCUAGAAAACCGAUUCAAGCCGGCGAAGAAUUGUUGACUACGUAUGUGAAUCCUUUGCAUGGAUCCAAACUGAGAAGAAGAGAAUUGAGAGUGAAUUGGGGCUUUCUAUGUCACUGCACUCGGUGUGAUAGAGAAUUAGAAAUAAGAAUGUCAAACCCCACGAUAAAAUCUUCGAUUGCAAGAAAUAGUCUUGCCACUCAGAAGAGACGUAAGUCAUCCAUGAGAAACGCCAGGCCUGAUCUUCAUGAACUCUUGAAAAAUGGGAAAGAAUUCGAACUAGACAUACCAGAAAACCCUCAAAUUGGAAAUAGGCGAAGGACAUCUGUUAGAUUUGAUACUAAAGUAACCGUUGCGGUGGAAGAAUAA